CCAAGAUGGCGGCUUCGGGGAACGACACAACGCAGAGAGUCUCCGCGUUCGAGUUUGCGACUCACGCGUGUGAUCUUGUGUUUGGUGACGCAUACUAUUUGCCGAGAGUCCCACGACCAUCUCUCCGUGACCGCGGAAAUCAAAUGGAGGCCUACAGCGACGCGCAGUUCCUUGUACGGUACCGCUUCACCAAGCAGACUGUGCGAGAGCUGCUCGCGAUGGUGCCUCUUCAUGCAAGCAGCGACAACAGGGGGUUGACGCUCCCCCCUAUGCUGCAGCUGCUUAUUACGUUGCGGUUUUACGGAUCCGGGACGUUCCAGGUUGUUGCUGGGGAUCUCGUCAACGUGUCACAGCCCACAGUGUUUCGCACCGUCGAUGCUGUGACGCGGCUGAUUGCCAGACACCUCUUCCGAGACCUGGUUCAUUUCCCGAGGGCCUCUGAAUACAGCGAGGUUAUGAAGGACUUUUAUGAGAUUGCAAGGUUUCCUGGAGUGACGGGGUGCAUCGACUGUACACAUGUGAGAGUUAAAAGCCCCGGCGGUGACGACGCAGAAGUGUAUCGAAACCGAAAAGGUGUUUUCUCAAUCAAUGUGCAGGCGAUCACCGGUCCCCAACUCCAGUUUUUCAAUCUGGUGGCGAGCUGGCCAGGGUCUGUCCAUGACAGCCGCAUUUUUGACAACUCUCGCGCACGAGUUUUGUACGAAGAGCACCGGGUGCCUGGACUGCUGCUAGGGGACAUGGGCUAUGCCUGUUUCCCCUUCCUCAUGACCCCCCUGGCAGAUCCUGGACCAAAAGACACACCACGAGGCAGGUACAACAAAGCUUAUAUAAAGACACGCAACAGCGUGGAAAGGGCAUUUGGCGUUUGGAAGCGCCGCUUCCCCUGCCUCGACAUGCGAUUGCAGCACAAGCCUCGUCGUGCCAUUCGCAUCAUUACAGCUUGUGCUGCGUUACAUAACCUGGGACGCCUCAGGAAGGAGCCAGACCCUCCCUGUUCAACAGCACUCCGCCGGACACGCAGCUCCAGGACUCCGAGAACUAGGCAGCCUGCACACCUUCCUCCUGUGAAUGCUGUACAGGACUCCAUGACUGGCACACGUGCAAGGGAGAUUCUCAUCCAGAGAUGUUUCUCUUAGCUUUCCUUAAUUAACUAGAAGAACCGAGGCAACUUCUCAGUUUACAUUAUGUACAUUAUACACAAGAUUUAUUAAUUCUCAUCAGCCUGUAAUUUGUUUAACUUCAGAAGCUCUGCUUCUUUCUUAAUCCUCAAAA